CGUAUGUCCGGUCUCGUGCCUAUCCGACGUUCUCCCUCGAGUGAUCGAUCUCGCGUAACGCGUGAUAUACGUAAAUAUAUAUACAUAUAUAUAUAUUCAUAUAUAGAGAGGCCGUACCCUCGCGUAGCGGUGAGCAACACGUGAGAUCACCGUGAAUUCUCGGUUCGGAUCGAACGCUAUAAAAGAUGUCGCAGCCGGAACAAGGUGGCAGUGCGCAGUGCGACAAGGACAUGUCGGCGUCAAAGAGCAGCUCGUUGUUGCGCCUGAAUCAGGAGGUCCGUCGCGGCUCCGCCGACUGGCAGGAGCAGGCCGACAGCGACUCGGAGGUCAGCGAUACCGAUUUUCUCACCAAGGGCGCGUUCCUGCUCACCCCGAGCCACGAACUGAGCAUGGAGAAGGCCGCCACCAUCUGCGAGAAGAUGAACUUCCGAGGUGCGUUUUCUUUGACGAAAACCGCCACGGGCAUUCUCUUCAAGUUCAGCAACAUCGAGGACUUUCAGGCAGUGUAUAAAAAGGGUUUCCACAAAGUGACAGGCGCCCGUUUCUACAAAAAGGUUGCUAUACCGUGUAGACCGGCAAAGAUCUUUACCGUCUACGUUCUCGAUGUACCUGAGGAAGUGCCAGAAGACGAUAUUAGGCAUGCUCUCUACAAAUAUCGAUCUAUCGUCGAAGUAACCAGGCUACCCCUGAAUACGGGAACUGUUUUGAAGGCCAUCAAUGACAAGCUAAAGAGCGACGCGCAGAAUCUCAACGAGCCGGCGACGAUUUAUACGGGGCCACCCGUUAUAAGGGUUACCCUGGCCAGCGUGGAGGAGACCUCGAUGCUACUGAGCCGUGGUUUGGAUUUUUAUGGGGCCACAUAUUUCCCCACCGAAACGCCCCAUCCAGCCGCUCAACCCCUCGCCAAAUACAAAAACAACAGAUGGAUCGAGCUGGCGUCGAUCGGCGCGGGACAAAGAGUGAGGGACCUACUUCCGGUCUUUGACAACGCGGGCUUCAACAAAUUGCCACCUCCGGCGAGCCGUGUAAUAAAACCGCAAAGAAACUGACACGUCCCCCUCCCCCCUCCCCACCUGACCCCCCCCCCCUCUUCCCGGCUGACACCCCGAAUUCUUCGACGGCCGCCGCCGAAGCCACACCGCGAUCGAUAGUGGCGGCGAAUCGAGGGGAGGACGCCAUCGCGAGGACACGACGCUACGACCUGAGGACGACGACGAGAGUUAGCUCGAUCGAAAUUCGGAAAACGACACAGGAUUUUCCUUCCAUUCGAGCCACCUCAGCGCGAUUUUAAUCCUUCGAUCGCGACGCGUGAAAGAACGAGGGAUAUCAACUGUUCGUGCAUCUGAGAUUGAGUGUAUGGAAAAUUAUAUAUUUUUUCUCUCUCGAAUAUCGAAAUUUGAUUUGGAAUUAUGAAAUUUUGAUUUUCUAUAAGGAAGCUUAAAUUGUUGAUAGCUAGAAGGGAUUUGAUGCCUUGGUAUCUUUCUAAAAGAUUUUUUUUUAUAACCGAUAUGAUUUUUCAGUACUUUGUUUGGGAGAAAAAGGGAGAUUAUAUUUUACAUCUCGAAAUUUGAGAGAAAUAUUUUUCUUUCGAAUACAUAUAUUGUCUACUAAUAUCUUAACUAGAUUUAUUACGAGCUUAUGACAAAAAUAGAUACGGAAAUUAAUUUAUCUUCCUAAUUACAAUUUCAAAAGAAAUGAUAAAAUAAAGAAAAUUAUAAGGAAAAUUAUAUUGUCUUGAAUAUCGAAUGGAUAAUCUAAAUUUGAUGUUGAAUUAUGAAAUUUUGAUUUUAUUUGCUUAGAGGAACUUUAAAUUAUUGAUCAUUAUAAAGGAAUUUGAUUAUUGUCUGUCUAUCUUAAAUCUUUAAAAGAUCCUUUAUAAUCGAUAUGAUUUUUCGGGUUCAAAAGUAAAUGAUUUUUCCUUUAUUUUACUUGAGAGAA